AUGAAACGCACUCAGCAUACAUUACGAACAAAUGGUAAUAUAAGAUUUCACAAAGUUGCAUCCAACAGGAGGGAUGUGCUUGAGGCUUUCGGCCCAGACGAUCUUGCGGGAGAUAUCAAGAACUUGAACCUGAGCGUUGACUCCCCACCUGUACAGAGAAGUCUAGGUCUCUCCUGGAACCUGGCAGGGGACUUCUUUACAUUCAAUUCACAUCUUGAGGAUAAGCCAUAUACCAGACGUGGAAUCUCAGCAACGGUAAACGGUCUAUAUGAUCCACUCGGCUUUGCAGCUCCUGUUGUCCUCAAAAGGAAGCUGCUCUUUAGGGAUCUCAUUUCAUCAACAGUGGGUUGGGAUGAUCCGCUUCCCGAAGACAGUCGACGUGACUGGGAAUAG